UUCCCUCGGCUCACUUCGGCAAGUUCCGCAGUCGCCUGUCGGAAAUGGCUGCCGGCCGGCAGGGGGAGCGGGGGAUCCAGCGCGGCCUGGGAGGCGGGCGGCCGGCGGCUGGCGCGGCUUCUGGGACGCCGAGUUUGGCGCAGGCGGCGGCGGCUCGUCCCUGAACUGGAAGCUGGAAAGCAAGCCCUGGAGUUCGCUAUGUCAAGAAAUCGUGCCCUGAGGUGUAAUGCUACAUAAGCUCCAGAAAGGAAGGAUCCUGGAUCACGGCCUGAGUGUUGACAAAGACGUCGAUGAGAGGCCGGCAUCUCUUCCUGUCUCACCAGCCACUAUUUCACGUUGCGUAGAAACUAUGCGUGUUUGUUGGUCAGCAAGACCAAGGAGCAGGAGCGAUGGCAGUUGAAAAAGUCGGUCCGCGUCCAGGAUACUUUUCCUGGGUUUCAUCAUCAGGAACCUCCUUCCUUUCAUCCCAGGCACAAUGUGGUAACUUUUACCGUUUGAUAAAGAUGAAGGACAUGUUUUUUGGUCCACAACCAGAACUUAAAAUCUGCUGGAAUAGGAUCAGAGACCAUUUCAUCUGCAGCUGAGGAAAAUGAAAUUUCCAUUUUAUCUGGUGCCUUGUACCAGGAGCCACACUAACUCUUCUGGAAACUACCGUGUGAAUGAAAAUGAGAUUGAGUUUCGUCGAGUAGAAGCUCAUGGUUAUGGCAAGUGACCCAACGUGAGCAGAGGGGCAGGAGCCACAGGGGCACUCAUGACGGGCUAUACCAUGUUGCGGAAUGGGGGGCCGGGGAACGGAGGCCAGACCUGCAUGCUGCGCUGGUCCAGCCGCAUACGCCUCACCUGGCUCAGCUUCACGCUCUUUGUCAUCCUGGUGUUUUUCCCCCUCAUCGCUCACUAUUAUCUCACUACUCUGGAUGAGGCCGAUGAGGCCGGCAAGCGGAUUUUUGGCCCCCGGGCGGGUAACGAGCUCUGCGAGGUGAAGCAUGUGCUGGAUCUUUGCCGUAUUCGCGAGUCGGUGAGUGAAGAGCUCUUACAGCUGGAAGCCAAGCGGCAAGAGCUGAACAGCGAAAUCGCCAAGCUGAACCUGAAGAUCGAAGCCUGUAAGAAGAGCAUUGAGAACGCCAAGCAGGACCUGCUGCAGCUGAAGAAUGUCAUUAGCCAGACCGAGCACUCUUACAAGGAGCUGAUGGCCCAAAAUCAGCCCAAACUCUCUCUGCCCAUCCGAUUGCUCCCAGAGAAGGAUGAUGCCGGCCUUCCUCCCCCGAAGGUCAUCCGGGGUUGCCGGCUGCACAACUGUUUUGAUUAUUCUCGUUGCCCUCUCACCUCUGGUUUUCCCGUCUAUGUGUAUGACAGUGACCAGUUUGCCCUUGGCAGCUACCUGGAUCCCUUGGUUAAGCAGGCUUUUCAGGCUACGGUGCGGGCCAAUGUUUAUGUGACAGAAAACGCAGACAUUGCCUGCCUGUAUGUGAUGUUAGUGGGAGAGAUGCAGGAACCAGCAGUGCUGCGGCCCGCUGAACUUGAGAAGCAGUUGUACUCUCUGCCACACUGGCGGACGGACGGACACAACCACGUCCUCAUCAAUCUGUCACGGAAAUCGUACACACAAAACUUACUGUACAAUGUCAGCACUGGCCGGGCCAUGGUGGCCCAGUCCACUUUCUACGCUGCCCAGUAUAGGCCUGGCUUUGACCUGGCGGUGUCACCACUGGUCCAUGCCAUGUCCGAACCCAACUUCAUGGAGAUCCCAGCGCAGGUGCCAGUGAAGCGGAAAUACCUCUUCACCUUUCAGGGUGAGAAGAUUGAAUCCCUGAGAUCCAGCCUUCAGGAGGCCCGCUCCUUUGAAGAAGAAAUGGAGGGCGAUCCUCCAGCUGACUAUGAUGACAGGAUCAUUGCCACCCUGAAGGCUGUACAGGACAGCAAACUAGAUCAGGUCCUGGUAGAAUUUACCUGCAAAAACCAGCCUAAGCCCAGUCUGCCUACUGAGUGGGCGCUGUGCGGGGAGCGUGAGGACCGCUUGGAAUUGCUGAAGCUUUCCACCUUUGCCCUCAUCAUCACCCCUGGGGACCCUCACUUGGUUAUUUCAUCUGGGUGUGCAACACGGCUCUUUGAAGCCCUGGAGGUUGGGGCUGUCCCGGUGGUGUUGGGGGAGCAAGUGCAGCUCCCGUACCAGGACACCCUGCAGUGGAGCGAGGCAGCCCUGGUGGUGCCCAAGCCACGUGUGACGGAGGUUCACUUCCUGUUAAGGAGUCUCUCCGAUAGUGACCUCCUGGCUAUGAGGCGGCAAGGCCGCUUUCUCUGGGAGACUUACUUCUCCACCGCUGACAGUAUUUUUAACACCGUGCUGGCUAUGAUCAGGACUCGGAUACAGAUCCCAGCUGCUCCCAUCCGGGAAGAGGCAGCAGCUGAGAUCCCCCAUCGUUCAGGCAAGGCUGCGGGAACUGACCCCAACAUGGCUGACAACGGGGACCUGGACCUGGGGCCAGUAGAAACGGAGCCGCCCUACGCCUCACCCAAAUACCUCCGCAACUUCACGUUGACUGUCACUGACUUUCACCGCAGCUGGAACUCUGCGCCAGGGCCUUUCCAUCUUUUCCCCCACACACCCUUUGAUCCUGUGUUGCCCUCAGAGGCCAAAUUUUUGGGCUCAGGAACUGGAUUUCGGCCUAUUGGUGGUGGAGCUGGGGGUUCCGGCAAGGAGUUCCAGGCCGCCCUCGGGGGCAAUGUUCCGCGUGAGCAGUUCACGGUGGUGAUGCUGACGUACGAGCGGGAGGAGGUGCUCCUGAACUCCUUAGAGAGGCUGAACGGCCUCCCGUACCUGAACAAGGUGGUGGUGGUGUGGAACUCUCCCAAGCUGCCCUCCGAGGACCUUCUGUGGCCUGACAUUGGCGUCCCCAUCAUGGUGGUUCGUACCGAGAAGAACAGUUUGAAUAAUCGAUUCUUGCCCUGGAAUGAAAUCGAGACUGAGGCCAUCCUGUCCAUCGAUGAUGAUGCCCACCUCCGCCACGAUGAAAUCAUGUUUGGGUUUCGGGUGUGGAGAGAAGCACGGGACCGCAUCGUGGGCUUCCCUGGCCGGUACCACGCGUGGGACGUCCCUCAUCAGUCCUGGCUCUACAACUCCAACUACUCCUGUGAGCUGUCCAUGGUGCUGACAGGUGCUGCCUUCUUUCACAAGUAUUAUGCCUACCUGUAUUCUUACGUGAUGCCCCAGGCCAUCCGAGACAUGGUGGAUGAGUACAUCAACUGUGAGGACAUUGCCAUGAACUUCCUGGUCUCCCACAUCACUCGGAAACCCCCUAUCAAGGUAACUUCAAGGUGGACGUUCCGGUGCCCGGGAUGCCCGCAGGCCCUGUCACAUGAUGACUCCCAUUUCCAUGAGCGGCACAAGUGCAUCAACUUUUUUGUGAAGGUGUACGGCUAUAUGCCCCUCCUGUACACCCAGUUCAGGGUGGACUCUGUGCUCUUCAAGACGCGCCUGCCCCAUGACAAGACCAAGUGUUUCAAGUUCAUCUAGGGCAUUGCAGGAUUUGGGGAGAAGACAGGCAGAGUAAGGAAGACGGCUCCUAAGGUUCCUAGGCAUUGAAGGACCUUGGGGACAUUGCUGGGUGGGUGGCCCAGCCCCUCUGCUGGGAGAGGCAGCAGGAAGAGUGGGAAGGAGACAGCUGCCUUUAUCUUGAAGUCAGCCACACUGGGCCUGGAACCCUGGUCAGAAGGGCUUGGGGUUCCCUACACAGGGCACUGACUGAUAGCUUACACUGAGGGCCAUGGGGGCUCAGGAGAGUCACUUACAUAGGUCAUAAGCCCAGAACAGCUGGUUUAUGGUUUUAAAAUUUAAUAACUAUUAUUUAAAAAGAGAAAGUUUCAGAUUUGCCAUUCAAGGCUUAUUUCUAUGUGUAUAUGUACAUAUGUGUGUGUGCACACACUCAUGUAUGCAUAUAUAUGUAUUUUUUUUUUUUUUUUUGUGGGGAGAGUUUGAAAUUUUUGCUUCUCUCAUGAAAGAUCCAUCUGGCUUAUUCUGUUCUCUAUUUUGGCGGAGAUGGGUCAUGGCCUUCUGUUACUUGCCUUGUCCUUAAAGAUCAUCUCCGAUCCUCCCCAGGGGCAUCUGUGUGCAGAGACAAGAAAGGGGUAGACUUGGCCUUUCUGUGGGGCCUCGGACAAGACAAGAUCUGCGGGCUGUUCUCUUCUCCUUCCUGUGCAGGUCAGUGCUCUGACUCGUGGUGGAGGACCCACGCUGUAGGGGCAGCUGAGCUUCCUUUUGCUGGGUCAUUGGUUUUUGAGGAUCCAUCCUUAGGCCAGUGCUUGUCCCAGGACAUGUCCCUGGCUCUGUCUCUCCCCAUUUGAAGAACAAGGCCUGAAGACAGUACUCCCAAAUGGCUCUUUUUGUCCUGCCUUCUUGUUAAGAAGGGUGUUGAGCUUUGGGCUUCAGGCUUUUCUGGAGCGUUACCUGUUGGAUAAAAGAACAGGGAGCCUUGCAGGCUGCAUGCCCAGGCUGGUCUGAGGUGGUGUGCAGGUUGGCCUGCUCUUUCUGGUGUAGAACAAGCAGGUGUCCUUUGAGGACCCCACCCGGCGGGCCGGGAAGUCUUACAGGAAGGCACUGCCUUGGAAUGAACACCUAGGUGAAAUUCACCUUCCUCCACCUUUGGCUGCACCCCCCUCCUGUGUUACCUGUGGUUUUUGAACCCCUCAUGCCAGGUUGGCUGUAGUACCCCGUGAAGUUUGGAAUGUGCUGGAACACUGGGAGGCUAUGAUUUGCUGUGUAAGCUCAGAUCCGGCCUUGGAAUUUCUCUGGCAUUCACACCCACAUUUACCUUUUGCUACUCCCAGUUUAAACUUUUGUUUCCUGGGCUGAAAGUGAAAUAAGCUGAUUUUUUGGUCGUGGCAGCAGGAGGGGACCGAGGAGGGUGUUUGUGGCAUUUGUCAGGGAUUUAGCCCGUGACUUUCUCCAAGUGGAGGUGACUGUGGACGAUUUCUAGCAACUGAACAAUAGCUCAGGUCUGUCUGGUCGUGCACAUGCCUUAAGCCAGUUCUGUCUUCCCUAGACCUUGACGUCCUGUGCUGCUAUUUCUUGGGGUACGUUUUCCGCUGACCCACCUGUCGCAAAUGGGUUCUCCUCAAGUGUUGUUUUGAAGCCAGGCUCUUCUCUGUAGAUAACCCCAUCCAUAGGGCCGGCUUGGCGUAAGGGAACUCGCCUCAUUGGCAAACAGGACCAGGGCUGCUCCCGGGGCUGUCUCGCCCCACAGCUUCCCCCUGGCAUCUGCUUGUUGCUCUCCUGCUGUGGCAGCUGCCUGGGACAUGCGGUUGUGCUUCUUAGCAACACAGCAAAGGGGUCCAGACUCCCUGCAUAGGAACUUUCUAUCCACUCUUUCCUUGACUUUUGACUUUUUAGCAGUAGCCUUCUUCCCUUGGGGGAGCCAAAGAGCGUGGUGUUUUGCGCCGUGUAUGUGGCUGCUAUUUUAUCUUGUUUCUUUUAAUGCGAGGAACUCAUAAACUCUCGGGGACCUGGUGACAAGGGGCAGUCUGUGGUAGGACCCCCUUCUGGGUCCCUGAAUGUUCCUGGUGGACCCCUGAGUAGCUGAGUGGUCUGGAAUCAUGGGCGGCAUCCGAGUGCUGCAGGGAGGGUCGCCAUGUCCCAGCUUCACACCGGGGCAGCGCUCUGUGGCCCAGAGAGGAGCGCUGCUGGCUGCAGAAGCUCCAGGGGACACUGGCCAUGCUCCUAAAGGACAUGCCCUCCUCGGUGAGAGGCAGAGCAGAUGGACGCAUGUGCUGCUGGUUAGUGCCCUGUGGGGUGGGUGGGGAGAGACCCAGAGCCCCACCUUUGGUGCUGCUCGCCUGGGAAAGCUGCCCACCUGGGACUCACCUGAAAUGGGAAGUGGCUGUGCAGACCCUGAGCUUUCCUUGGCUGUCUGUAGGUAAUACCUCAUUACCUAGUCGUGGCCCCAGGGCCGCUGUGACCUUCCAGGUACCAGUUUGUUCUUCACUGUGAGGGUUUUCCCCCUAAGUGACACCUGGCAGGGUGCUCAUCGGGCCAGUCUGAGCCUUUGCCUGCCUGAGCAGUGGGUCUGGUCUGGCCUGGCCUGCACUCAAGCUGGGCUUACUGAUCACAGGGGUCCCAUCCAGGAGGCAGUAGCUGCCUGGGUGUGUGUGCAGGGAGCUCCCGGUGUGAAAGGGAUGCUCUGAUACCCAGGCCAUCCAUCUACCCACCCCCUUUCCAGUCACGAGCACAAUGGUCUUAGACGUUGGAUUUUUGUAAAAAAACAAAAAUAAAAAAUAAACGGAAACUUUAACUCAA